AUGCCCAUAAUGUCCCGCACCGCCUUCCUGACGGCUCAGCUGCUUGUGUCGUGCGAGUGGACCAUGCCUCCACAUCCAACAGGCGACCUCGCUGCGUUUCAGGGCCCGCGCUCGCGGCUGCUUGGCAUGCUCUUGCAAGCUUGCUUGCUUGCUUCCCGCUCGGCUACGAACGUCCCGACGCGGACCUCCUUGGUCGUCGACCUGGCAGAUGCUCCGCACCACCUCCUCCGCCACGGUGACCGAGGCGGUUCCAGACAUGGCGAUCACGACCUCGAUCAGUGCCACUGCUGUUGCUACCACGGCGACAACGACGGCGACAACGACGACGACAACAACGACGACGACGACAUGCCCACCACGCCCCUUCUCGCAGAUCCUGCGGCGCCCGGUCGACGCGGGACGGCAACUUCUUCGAUAGAGUCGAGCGUGGUCGUCUACAACCGCACCUCGCUCGCGGUACAGGUCUCUGCGUCUGCUGAUGGUGACGAAUCGCGGACGGCGACGACGGCCAGGCCGCGACAGAAGGUCAGCAUCCCAGCCGUCCUCGACAUUGCUGCUGCGGGCCGGGCAGCGUUGCGUCUCGUCCUUCAAGCCGGAUCACAGCGCUUUGCUGCUUCGGUCUUUACGUCCAGUAGAGUGCGCACCGCGGCGGCGGCGGCGGCGGCGGCGGACGCCAAAGAUGUUGGUCAAGGUGGCGCAGCGGGCGACUCGCCGUCCUGGUCCCUCCUCUCCUUGGGACCGGUCGAUGUCGUCGAAAAGGGCGUGGCAAGGUCCCCGCCGUUUCUCGCCUAUGCCUCUUCGCCGUCACCCUCCCAGCCCUUCUCGCUCCUGCUGCUCCCCUCGGCGGACCUUUGCAACUUCCUCGCCCGUCUCCCCUCGUCCCUGCUCCUCUCAGCACUCACGCUGCCGGGGACACACGAGUCGGCGGCGCGGUACGGCUGGCCGAUUUCGACGUGCCAGUCGUCCGCCUACACGAUCCGGGAGCAGCUGCAACGCGGCAUCCGCUUCCUCGACAUCCGACUCUCCCUCAAGGGGGGCCGGCUGCUGGCCUACCACGGCGUGUCGGACCAGAAGAUCGACUUUGCCUCGAUCCUCGACGACACCUACGCGUUCCUCGAGGCCAAUGCGGGCGAGACGGUCGUGAUGAGCGUCAAGCAGGAAAACGACUUGCCCGGGUUCAAGGAGACGGUGCUGCGCGACCACCUCGGACUCGAGGACGACAACGAAAGGAGGACGGGGGCAGAUCGACGGUGGUACCUCGAUGCGCGCAUCCCGACGCUGGGCGAGGUGCGCGGCAAGGUGGUCCUCAUCAGCCGCUUUGGCACGUCUCGAGAGCAGCCGGGCGGGAUCCACCCGCCCAUCUGGCCCAACUCGUCCCCGCUUUCGUUUCGGUACACGCUGCCAUCGGGGCAGGUCGUCGAGACGCAGGACUGGUACGACAUUGGCUCCCUCGCCCUCGUCCCAACCAAGAUGCAACGCAUCUGGGACCUUCUGCAGAGCAGCGGACGCAGCGACGACGUGUGGAGCCUCAACUUUACCAGCGCCAGCUCGUUCCCGCUCGCCCUGCCGCCAUUUGUGGCGACGGGUUGGAGGGAAGGUGCGUCGACGGUCCGAUGCGCUUCCGUCCAGGGCGUCAAUGCCAGGUUGCUCGACGGACUCUGCCAAGCCUUUUGUGCCGAGCUCGACAGUGAAGGAGGACGAGGGGAUGGUGGCAUGGGCAUGGGCAUGGGCAUGGGCAUGGGCUGGAAGGCCACGUUUGCGCUCGACUACUUCCACCAUCCACCUGGUCUCGUCGAGGCCCUCGUCGCCGCCAACUUUCGAUGA